AUGUUAGAAGAUGCCAGCGUCUCAGCCACGCAGCAAAUAAAUUACAUGCGCAGUUUCACAAGCGGGGAGCCGCAACGACUAGUAGAUAGCUAUCGCAAACGUCAGCACCGUGACCCGAGCACGCUAUUGAAAGAACUCUGGGCAGAACUUGAGCAACGCUUUGGGGGCCCCGCAGUGAUAAGUAAAGAGCUGUUGCAGCGACUGCGCGAGACGGCUAAAUUUGGUGAGCGCGACGUAAAUGAGUUACAGCACUUCGCUGACCUCUGCUCUGACGUAGAAAGCCAGAUUGUUUACCUCCCGGGGCUUGCGUGUCUUAACUUUCCAACAGCACUUCAACCUGUCAUAGAAAAACUUCCUCAGUUUAUACGCUCUAAGUGGGAAAAAGUAGUAGCACAAUUCGGCGACGCCAACUAUGGGGCUUAUCCGCAAUUUUCUAUUUUCGCAAAAAUCGUAAAGGAGCAAGCCAGGAUUAAAAACAAUCCUAACCUUGUGUCACUCGACACAACGACCCCACCAACUCAGUCACGCAAAAAGGUGCUUAAAACGGAACUUGAAAAACCGCCAGGGAAAGACGAAACUAUAAAUAAAGACAAACACUGCCCCUUUCAUGAUAGAGAAGGUCACGCACUCACUGAUUGUCACGCCUUCGCGAAGAAAUCACUCAAUGAGCGCACCAAAUGGAUUCGCGACGCACGCCUAUGUUUUCGAUGCUUUGAUCCUGCGCACGUAGCGCGCGACUGCGCGACCAAAAUAAAAUGUAGCGUGUGCGCAGACGAGCGACAUAACGGACUGCUACAUAGAGAAAAGCCACCGGCUCGAUCCCAAACCCCGGAGAAAAAAGAAAAGGAGCAGUCCCAAAGAGAAGUCUCGACGAAGUGUACACUGUUGUGUGACAGGAAAAACAGUCCGACAUCCUGUAGCAAAGUACUCCCGGUCGACGUCUUCUUAGCCAACUCCCCAGAACAAGCGCACCGCGUCUACGCCAUCAUCGAUGAGCAAAGCAACUCGACCCUGAUUACCAGUGAACUAGCAGAUGAGCUCGGCGCAGAUGGUCCCUCUGAAAAGUACUUUCUUUCUACCUGCUCGGGAGACAAGGAAGAAAAGCAAGGACGCCGAGUCCUCGGGCUGAUAGUGCGAUCGCUCAACGGAACCGAACACAAACUCCCCACUGCAGUCGAGUGCGACUCAAUUCCCGAAGACAAGCGAGAAAUACCAACGCCUGAGAUGGCGAGGAGCUUCCCACACCUACGCGAAAUCGCCGCUCACAUACCUCCCCCUGAACGAGAGGCCGGAGUACACCUGUUGAUAGGACGAGACGCCCCGGAGCUACUGAAAGUGAGAGAGUUUCGCAACGGCCCCAGAGGAGCCCCUUGGGCUCAACGCCUUGACCUCGGCUGGACGAUAACCGGGCAGAUGUGCCUCGAUUUCGGCAAGGGCCCCGCGCAUGUCCUCGCCCGACGCACCACUCUCUCACCGGAAGUACCCAUAGCGGAACCUGAAAGAGAAACUGCAACCGACUACGAGCUAGUCCCCUGCCCUAACCAGCUUAAACUGACAGACGGGUUGCUUGGGCGCAACGCUCUCCCGAAAGAGGAGGAAGUCUUCGCGACCACUAAAGACGACAACGUGACCAGCCUGUCUAUAGACGACCAAAGAUUCCUGGAGAUAAUGGAAAAGGGGAUACACAAGAAUAACAGUGGAAACUGGGAGAUGCCCCUUCCCUUCCGAGAUAGUAACCCAGAGAUGCCAAACAACCGCGCGCAGGCGAUGAGCAGACUCCAGAACCUCACGAGAUCCUUCGCAAGGAAGCCACAGCUAAAAACAGAUUAUGUUGAGUUCAUGGGAAAGGUGCUGGGCAAAGGCCACGCCUCACCCGUCCCCCCUGAUCAGAUACAAGCGCCCCCCGGACGCCUGUUUUACUUAUCACACUUCCCGACGUAUCACAAUACAAAGAAAACCAUCCGUGUAGUCUUCGACUCAAGCUGCGAGUUUGAGGGCGUGUCCCUCAACAAAGUACUCCUGCCGGGACCCGACCUAAUGAAUAACCUUAUCGGAGUUCUCAUGCGAUUUAGAAAAGAAGAAGUGGCAGUCAUGUGCGACGUGGAGCAAAUGUUCCACUCGUUCCACGUAAAUCCCGAACACAGGAACUUUCUCAGGUUCCUUUGGUUCGAAAACAACGACCCCGAAGCGAGGAUUAUAGAGUACCGAAUGAACGUUCACCUUUUUGGCAAUGGGCCAAGCCCCGCCGUUGCCACCUUCGGCCUUCGAGCCACAGUAAACGACGGCGAGGAGAAGUGCAGUGAGGCAGUCAGACAGUUCGUCAAUAGGAACUUCUACGUGGACGAUGGGCUCGUCUCGGUAAGCACACCUAAAGAAGCCGUACAACUGGUGACAAACACACAAGCUGCACUCGCCACCAGAAACCUGAGACUACACAAGGUGGUCUCAAAUUCAGUAGAAGUCGUCCAAUCCUUCCCCGCCGAAGACCGGGCGAAGGAUCUCAAGGACCUAGACCUGAGCCAUGACGACCUUCCAGCCCAAAGAUCCCUAGGGGUAUACUGGGAAUUACGGAGCGAUUCCUUCGCCUAUCGGGUCUCGCCUCCAGACAAGCCUUUCACUAGAAGAGGAGUCCUGUCUGUGGUAAACUCAGUUUACGACCCCCUAGGUCACGCUGCUCCAGUUAUGCUACAAGGGAAGAAGAUCCUCCAGCGCCUCGUAGCAAUGGGUAAGAAACCCGAAGACAACGGCGACCCCCUUGGCUGGCAUGACCCCCUCCCCCCGGUUAUGAAAGACAAGUGGACUCAGUGGAGAGAAUCACUAAGCAGCCUCCAGGGCGUGAACGUUCCCCGCUGUUACCACCCUAAGGGAUUUGGAGAAGUUGUUAAAAGCGAACUUCACGUGUUCUCCGACGCCAGCCAAGACGCCAUCGGCAUCGCCGUCUAUCUACGCCUCAUUAACGUGCGAAAUCAAGUGAGCGUGUCCUUAGUCUAUGGACAAGCGAAAGUCGCGCCCCUACAGCCGACUAGCAUACCGCGUCUCGAGCUUUGCGGCGCAGUCCUAGCUGUGCAGGCAGCGCACAGAGUCCUACGAGAAAUAGAUAUAGCAGUAGAGCGCGUGUACUACUACACAGAUUCUAAGGUUGUGCUCGGGUACAUCUCAAACGACAGUCGACGGUUCUAUACCUAUGUGGCGAACCGAGUACAAAUCAUCCGCAGCAUGACUUCGCCAGACCAAUGGUACUACAUCGAAAGCGCCCUGAACCCCGCCGACCAAGCGACGCGCGGACUGAAAGCGGGCGCGCUCAUGACCUCAACCUGGAUCAAGGGACCUGACUUCCUUAACCAAGGAGAAUAUGUAACUACUAAAGAGGAUAACGAGACCCUAGCGCCAAAUGACCCGGAAGUAAGGAAGGAAGUGAAAGCUACCAAAACGGCGAAAACGCACAAAACCGGCCUUGGAGCAGAUAGAUUUAAGCGCUUUUCCAGUUUCGAGUCUCUGCAGCGCGCGCUAGCUAUCGUUAUCGCCUUUGUCCGGAGAUUCAAAUCUCGCCGAAACACAACUAAGAAAGAAAUCAACCAGGAUGAUGACAGUCACAGGCAAUCGCCUAUUCCAAUCGAAAUUCUAAACCAAGCCACCGCCAUAGUAGUGCGCGAAGCGCAAAGAGAAGCCUUUGGCACACAAUGGCGACUAAUCAAAGACGCCGGUCUACCUGAAGACGCCGCAGACCGCGCAUCGCAAACCAAGAGAAAAGCAACCCUAAAAAGCUCAAACAUGUACCAGCUAGACCCCUUCGUAGACGAUCAAGGGCUGAUUCGCGUCGGAGGCAGGCUAAGACGAGCUGAUCUCGGCUACAUCGAGAGACACCCAGUCCUCCUCCCAAAUGACCAUCAUCUAUCAAAGCUUAUUGUCAGACACUUCCACCAAAGAGUCAAGCACCAAGGUAGACAGAUCACUGGAGGAGCAAUAAGACAAGCAGGAUACUGGCUCAUCGGGAGCCAUAGAGCAGUCAGCAAAGAAAUCAGCCAAUGUGUAGUGUGCAAGAAGUUAAGAGGCAAACCGGUCGAGCAACACAUGGCCGACCUCCCGCCCGACCGCACUGAAGUCGCCCCUCCGUUCACGAACGUCGGAUUUGAUGUGUUCGGGCCGUGGACUAUUCAUACAAGGAAGACUAGAGGAGGAGUCCUCAACUCCAAGCGCUGGGGCCUAGUAUUCACUUGCCUCAGCAGCCGAGCAAUCCACAUAGAGCUGCUGGAGUCAAUGGAUGCUAGCGCCUUCAUCUCCGCUCUCAGAAGAUUCUUUUCCCUAAGAGGAGCAGCGUCACUCCUGCGAUGCGAUCGAGGCACAAAUUUUGUAGGAGCAAAUACGGAGCUCGAGGAGUCCCUCAAAGCUAUCGAAAUAGAUCAGUCGGUAACAAAGUACGUAACAGAGCAAGGAUGUACGUGGCUCUUCAACCCUCCCCAUGCCUCACACUUCGGCGGCGUGUGGGAGAGGCAAAUCAACACCAUCCGCCGAGUCCUAGACGGCAUGUUCGCAGAGCUCGGAAAAGCGCAGCUAACGCACGAGCUGCUCUCCACGCUUAUGGCCGAAGUCGUCGCUAUCGUUAACGCGCGACCUAUUACAGCAAUACCAUCUGAUGUCGAUAACCCACAACCACUCUCACCUGCAACCCUACUCACUAUGAAGACACGCCCAGCCGGCUCCCCUCCAGGUCAGUUCCUACCAGUGGACCUGUACGCACGUCGCCGCUGGAGACAAACUCAGUACUUGGCCGAGCAAUUUUGGGUAAGGUGGAGACGUGAGUACCUACAAAAUCUACAGCCUAGGCGCAAGUGGAACGAGCAACAGAGAAACCUCCAAGAGGGAGACAUCGUGCUUCUCAAGGACGACUCCGCCGUACGCAACAACUGGCCCAUAGGACGCAUAUCGGAGGCGAUCAAGAGUGCCGACGAUAAAGUUAGAAAAGUUAAAGUAGAUGUAGUUAGAGACGGAGAAAAGAAGACCUACCUACGCCCAAUCAAAGAAUUAGUCCUGUUAUUACCGAACGAGGGUAAAGUUUAA